GAAAUCAUUAUCUGUUCCUAAACACAAUAAUUACAAACCUUUAAAUAAUAGCUUUAGUACUCCUGAUAAGAAACCUAAUAAAGUAUGCGUAUGAGUUAUAUAAGAGUAGAUUAAAUACUUAAUCAACUUUGAAGUUUAGCGGAGAAAUGAUGUCCGUUUAAAGUUAUUUAUACGAACAAGCUCAUUUAAAGGAGGAGACUUCAAAAAAAGAGUUCAUAAGAUAAAUCAGGAGUGUAAUCGACAAUCUUGAAAAGAGUAAGAGUUUUAAGUAGUUAAACUAAUAACUCUCUAAUUUGAUAGUCGGAUUAAGGACAUGCAUACAUUAAUAGGAUGCAUCAAAUUAGAUAAUUUAAUUAAUCCAAAUGAUCAGAGACAUUGUCAAUAAUCAUUAAAACAACAAGUAGAUUCAUUAUACUAAGGAUAAAGCAAUAUUGCUCCAAAAAAUUCAUGAAUUAGAAUUACAAGCAAAAGAAAAUUAAUUUUAAUAAGGUAUCUAAUAGUCUAUUUCGUUUAGAAUUAUAAAUACAAAAUAUGAAAGCUUAAGAGAGAAUAAAAAAUUAUGAAAUUCAAUUAGAAUAAAUUAAAGAGGUAAAAGAAUAAAAGCAUCAAAUUUAACCAUAAAAGUAAUAAAUGAAUAAUUAUGAAAAAAUGCAAUUGAAGAACCAGAUUUAAUUGAUGCAAUAGAAAAUUGAGACACUCUCAGAUAAAGAGAAGAAAUUAAUUUAAUUAGUAAAAGCUGUAAAAUAGAGAGGCAUUGAUAUUGAACACAUAUACAGAAAUAUUAAUUAGGUUUCGAGUAGAAACAGUCUAAUUAUAAAUCAAGAGAAUGAAGAACAGUUUGUAGAUAGUUCAUAUUCUGAUUUCGCAGACAUCUCUCAAUUUGAUAUUGGCUAGAGUAGUAUUAAAAGAAACCAAAAAUUUUUAUUAGAUUGA